CCCCAAAUGUUUCUCAAACUUUAGCUGGACAUCGCUAACCGAGUCUGUCGAUGCAUGCAUGCCCGGUUACAAUGAAGAGAAAGGGGAAGAUAGGUUUCUUUUCUUGGCGGUUUAAACGACAUUUUACAAUUCAAGAAGAACGUGGAAAUAACAUUUAUGUUCAGUGCAAUUUAUGUUUGCCUACAAAGAACGUUCUGUCGACUCCGAUAUCGUCCUGCUCCAACCUGAAGAAACACUUGGAUCGUAAACAUCAAGCAAUGUAUGAUGAGUUUGUGAGGAAGAAAGAUGUGAAGAGAGAGACCUAUGCUUCGGGGGCAAUGCAAACCUAUGCACCCAUCAGUGGAGCCAGCCGAACAGCUACCCAGACUGGGGCGGGGACAGCCAAAUUCGACCGUAGUGAUCCACGACAGUCCCUCAUUUCUGAAACCAUUGCCAAGAUGAUCAUCCGAGAUUUGCAACCUGUGCAGAUCAUGGAGAACGAGGGCUUCCGGGAACUUCUUCAGCUUCUCGAGCCCCGAUACGUUCCAGAACCAAGCCAUUACAUACAGCAACAGCUCCUGCCAACCUAUGCCUAUCAAGUACAGCUGGCAACCAAGGUGGCGCUGUCAGGAGCAGAGUCCUGCAGCGUGACCCUGGAUCUUUGGAGGAGUAAUACCGCGUCUGCCAGCACCGGUUCUGGUUACCUGGGAGUGACGUGUCAUUUCAUAACCACAGACUGGCAGAUCAAAUCGGCGUUGUUAGCAUGUUUACCUCUCCCAAGUAAUACUGACACUCAGCGCAUACUCACUGAAUUUGACGAGAUCUCCCAUGCUCAUGGCAUCUCGGGUAAAGUGUUCCGUAUCGUAGUUGACCCCUCGCCUUGUGAAAGCCGAUCAGCUUUCCGCCUGCCUGGUUUUUAUCUCCAUGGUAAUGGUAAUGGGGAUGUGGAGGAUGAGGAGGAAGAAGAUAGUAGCGAUGAAGAUAUUGGCACAGCACUAAGCAAAGAAGCUGUGAGUGGAGCGGAAGAGGAGAACUCUCUAAAUCAUUGCCUUGGUCGCUGUAGGAUAGACUGCUUUGCUCACUCGCUGGCUCAGUGUAUUCGAGAAGGAAUACGUUCAUCCUCACAGAUAUCCAUGACUCUCACCAAAGCAGCUUGCUUCUACAAUUAUGUCAUUGCCACAGUGACUCCAGAAAAACUUGGACAAGUCUUUGGUCCUGGCAACGCGGCAGGAAACGGACAAGGCCCUUCAGGUCCAGACCGGCACUGGAACGCCCAGCUCAAGACAAUGCGGCAAAUGCUCGAGUCAGUGGAUUUCUUAGAGGAUAUAGUAGAUAGAAACGACUUGGCGCUCAACAGUGUGGAGAAAGCCAUGCUGCGGGAGCUGGUGGAAGUCUUGGAGCCGUUUGAGGAGGCCACAGACAUGGUCCAGGGGGACAAGCAUGUGUCCAUUAGCCUGGCCCUCCCCAGUGUGCUUGGCCUACGGAAGCACCUCGCAGAGGUCGUAACCCACCAAUGCACGGGGAUCGCGACGGGACUGUCUCAGGCACUGGACCGGAGACUAGCCGGCAUUCUUGAGGACCCUCUGUACGUGACGGCUACGACGCUGGACCCGCAGUUCAAGCUCUCUUGGAGCAGUGAUCGUGACUGGCACAAACAGGUUCUGCUGGAAGAGGUGGGGAAGCACACCCAGCCAGUGAGUCCACCGGAGCCCAGCUCCGAGGCUCAGGCGUGCCCUUCCAAACGCAGCAGGCUGUUCUCCUUCAUCAAGCAAAGGCCCACCACGCAGGCCAAGAGUAUGGAGCAAGAGCUGUCCGCAUAUCUCCACGAGGAGCCCACAGACGAAGAUCCACUGCAGUACUGGAAGCGCAAGUCCAUUGACUUCCCCCUGCUUUCGCAAGUGGCCAAGAAAGUGUUUACAGUGCCAGCUACAACUACAAAAGUGGAGAGGAUAUUUAGUCUGGUGGGCAAAACAAUAAGGCCAGAACGCUGCCGACUCCUUCCAAAGAACUUAGAGACUCUGAUUUACUUAAAGGCUAAUUACAGUAUACUAUGGUCUUAACCAAUUGCAAAGGCCAUCUUUACAGGUUACUUACAAUAGCUUUAUAGAAUUUGGGCUUUUUUUUAAACUGAAGGAUGCCUCAAAUCCCAAGAGCAGCUUGUGCCUGUAACAUGAAUUUGAAUAUAAAACUGUAGAAUUACCCAAAGCAACAUCAUAAUGAUUUGUUUCUGCAGAUAUACACAGUAAAUGUACAUAAACACACAAACAUUAAUUAAAAUAGUAUGGUAGUGUUUUUCAUUUUUUGGUUUUUGUUUUGUUCUAGCUGAUACAUUUAUUGCUUCAUAUUUGU